CUAAUGAUUGAAAUUAAUCAAGGAAACUCAAUGAAUGACUCUGAUUAUUGAAAAUAUAAAGAUGGGUUACAUUAUGAUUAUAUAUAUAAUUUAAAUAAAAAAUUAAAAAAUUAUAUAUUAUGAUUGGUGAUGGAUUCAAAGGUUGCUAUUUAUUUAUUUCAUAAUUUUGGAAUUAAUUAAUUUGUAAUAGCUUAAAAUACGUGAAGGAAAUAGGGAAAAGAGGGAAAGAGUUUACAACCAAAGAUUUGAGAGAGGGUGAGAGAGAAAGAGUGGUGCAGCUCGUCGGACUAUCUUCUCCUCCACCUCCGUUUCCAUCUUCAUAAUUUCUUCCGAAAAACAUCAAAUCGCCUUAAUUUUGUCACGAUUUUGAGGAAUUAGGGAUUUGUGAAAGGAAGAAUUAAUCAAUGUCGAACAACAGGUGGAACUGGGAGGUGAGUGGUUUUGAACCGAGGAAAUCUCCGGCGGAGCAGCCACCGUCUGUUCCUGCUCCUGCUCCUAUUGUUCGGAGAUACUCGAUCUCUACUCCGUCAAUUGUAGCACAUUCGGAACUCAUUUCUAAACAGUCUGUUGCCACCAAGCUUCAUAAUUUGAAGGAUAAGGUCAAGCAUGCCAAAGAAGAUUAUGUAGAGUUGAGACAAGAAGCCGUUGAUCUUCAAGAGUACUCUAAUGCAAAACUUGAUCGAGUGACACGAUAUCUAGGUGUUCUUGCUGAUAAGACCCGUAAGCUAGAUCAGGCUGCUCUUGAAGCUGAAGCUAAAGUUGCCCCACUUUUAAAUGAGAAGAAAAGGUUGUACAAUGAGCUAUUGACUGCUAAAGGAAACAUAAAGGUCUUUUGUAGAACAAGACCACUUUUUGAAGAUGAAGGCCCUUCAGUUGUUGAGUUUCCUGAUGAUUAUACUAUACGAGUCAAUACUGGUGAUGAUGCUGUCUCAAACCCUAAAAAAGAUUAUGAAUUUGACAGGGUUUAUGGACCACAUGUUGGACAAGCUGAAUUUUUCACAGAUGUUCAACCGUUUGUCCAGUCAGCAUUAGAUGGACACAAUGUGUCAAUCUUUGCAUAUGGUCAAACAUGUUCUGGAAAAACACACACCAUGGAAGGUUCUAGCCAUGAUCGAGGUUUAUAUGCAAGAUGCUUUGAAGAGUUGUUUGAUGUCUCCAACUCAGAUACAACUUCAACUUCAAGAUUUAACUUUUUUGUUACAGUUGUUGAGCUUCAUAAUGAACAGAUGAAAGAUUUGCUUUCAAAGUCAGAGAGUGGUCAAGGUCAACCCAAGGUUGACCUUGUACAGGAAAAGGUUGACAAUCCACUAGAGUUCUCUAAAGUCAUCAAAAGGGCAAUUUUGAAUAGAAGUGAUGACAAAAACAAGAUCAAUGUUUCUCAUCUGAUAACCACGAUACAUAUAUAUUAUGACAAUUUGAUCACCGGAGAAAAUUUAUACAGCAAGCUUUCUCUUGUUGACUUGGCUGGAAGUCAAACUUUAGGUCUGGAAGAUAACAAUGGGGAUGACACAACCGAUGUGUUACAUGUCAUGAAAUCACUUUCUGCAUUGGGAGAUGUAUUAGCUUCAUUGACUUCCAAGAAAGAAGAUGUUCCUUAUGAGAACUCAAUGCUUACAAAACUUCUUGCUGAUUCACUUGGUGGAAACUCAAAAACUCUGCUCAUUGUAAACAUAUGUCCAGAUGUUUCAAAUUUGUCUGAAACAUUGUCAUCUCUGAAUUUUUCUUCUAGAGCUCGAAAUUCUGUGCUGAGCCUUGGGAACCGAGAUACCAUUAAGAAGUGGAAAGAUACUGCAAAUGAUGCUCGUAAGGAGUUUUAUGAAAAAGAAAAAGAAAGUCUUGAUCUGAAACAGGAAGUUGUGGGAUUAAAACAAGCACUUAAUGUUGCAAAUGAUCAGUGUGUGUUACUAUUCAAUGAAGUUCAGAAAGCCUGGAAAGUUUCUUUUGCACUUCAGUCUGAUUUAAAGGCAGAGAAUAUUAUUCUUGCUGAAAAGAAUAAAACAGAGAAGGAUCAGAAUAAUGAUCUGAAAAGUCAAGUUGGUCAACUAGUCAACCAAGUGCAAGAGCAGAAAUUACAGUUGCAACAACGCGAUUCAACAAUAGAGUCUUUACAGGCAAAACUGAAAAGCUUAGAGGCACAACUGAAUGUAACACUUCAGUCCAAAACAAGCUCAGACUCAAACUCAACAAAAGAAGAUAUUGAAUCUACAUCUGUUUCCAAGAAACUUGAAGAAGAACUUCAGAAACGUGAUGCCCUAAUUGAGAGGCUGCAUGAAGAAAAUGAGAAGCUUUUUGAGAGAUUAACAGAGAAGGCAACUACAAUGGGAAGCCAGCUGGCAUUAGGAGCACCACCCAAAAUUCAAAACCAGGCCAAUGAAAUUGGAAGGAAUGACAUAAAUAACAAAGAACAUACAACAACAGAUGUUGUCCCUUUCUCCCCUAAAAAACCUGAUGGAACACUAGCAUUGGUCAAACCUGGUCAAGAUAAGAUAAAGUCAACCCCAGCAGGAGAAUAUCUCACAUCUGCUUUGAAUGAGUUUGACCUAGAACAAUAUGAUGGCCUUGCUGCUAUUUCUGAUGGAGCAAACAAGCUACUAAUGCUGGUUUUGGCAGCUGUGAUUAAAGCAGGUGCUUCACGUGAACAUGAAAUACUUGCUGAAAUAAGAGAUGCUGUUUUUGCAUUCAUAAGAAAAAUGGAGCCACAUAGAGUAAUGGACACCAUGCUUGUUUCCCGUGUUAGAAUUUUAUAUAUUAGAUCAUUGCUAGCAAGAUCACCCGAGCUUCAAUCCAUCAAGGUUCCUCCUGUUGAGAGAUUUCUUGAAAAGCCUAUAAGUGGAAGAAGCAGAAGUUCCAGUAGAGGCAGCAGCCCUGGAAGAUCUCCUGUGAGAUACGAUUCAAGUUUCAAGAACGCGAUAAUCGAUGACCAUUUUCUCGGGUUUAAAGUAAAUUUAAAACCAGAGAAAAAGUCAAAAUUGUCCUCAGUUGUUUUAAAGAUACGUGGAAUUGAUCAAGAAUCAUGGAGACAACAUGUGACUGGUGCUAAACUUAGGGAAAUAACCGAAGACGCAAAAGCAUUCGCAACAGGGAAUAAAUCCCUUGCUGCCCUUUUUGUCCAUACGCCAGCUGGCGAGCUGCAACGCCAGAUCAGAUCUUGGCUUGCCAUGAACUUUGACUUUCUUUCAGUCAGUGGCGUGGAUGCUGGUGGUGGGGUCACCGGUCAGUUAGAGCUUCUUUCUACCGCCAUCAUGGACGGUUGGAUGGCGGGCCUUGGUGCUGCAAUGCCGCCCUUGACCGAUGCCCUCGGUCAACUCUUGACCGAAUAUGCAAAACGUGUUUACAACUCUCAACUCCAACACCUCAAGGAUAUUGCGGGGACAUUAGCAACAGAGGCAGCAGAAGAUUCGUCACAAGUAGCAAAACUACGUUCAGCUCUAGAGUCUGUUGAUCACAAGAGAAGAAAGAUUCUACAACAAAUGAAAAAUGAUACAGCACUGUUAACAUUAGAAGAUGGUGGAUCACCUGUCCGGAAUCCUUCUUCUGCAGCUGAGGAUGCCAGGCUGGCAUCUCUAAUUGCCCUUGAUGGAAUUCUGAAGCAAGUCAAGGAAAUAAUGAGGCAAUCUGCAGUUAAUAUAAUGAGUAGAAGCAAAAAGAAAGGAUUGGUUACAGGAUUAGAUGAUCUUUCAGCACAAUUAUCUUCACUUCUUGAAAUUGAUCAUCCAUGUGCACAAAGACACAUUGCAGAUGCUCGACGUGUUGUAGAGUCAAUUGUGGAAGAAGACGAUCAGCCGCCACAAGGGCCAUCGCGGGCUAUUUCCGGUGAACAUUCCGGCAAUGAAACGGAGGUGACACAAUGGAACGUGUUACAGUUCAACACAGGAUCCACAUCCCCUUUCAUCAUAAAAUGUGGAGCAAAUUCACAUUCAGAACUUGUAAUCAAAGCAGAUGAUCGUGUUCAAGAGCCAAAAACAGGUGAAAUUCUUAGGGUGGUCCCACGCCCUACUGUUCUAGAAAACAUGAACUUGGAGGAAAUUAAACAAGUGUUUGCAAAGCUUCCGGAAGCUUUAUCCUUACUGGCUUUAGCUAGAACAGCAGAUGGAACCAGGGCUAGGUAUUCUAGGUUGUACAGGACACUAGCCAUGAAGGUUCCGGCUUUGAGGGAGUUAGUUGGGGAGCUUGAGAAAGGUGGUGGCCUCAAAGAUGUUAAGUCAUGAUUGAUUGUUGUGGGCUUAUGUUUAUAUGGUUAUUAAUUAAUUAAUAUUAUACUAUAUAUAUUAUGUAUGUGUGGCAAAUGGCAACUUUAGGCUGUAUUUUAUUGCAACGGCUUAACUUGUGUUUGAGAAAUCUUUAUUCUCUUCUUUUUCUUGAAGUUGAUGAGUUGGCACGGAAAA